AUACCGCUGAAUAUCCAUUCAGCUCAUCCCCGCAAACAUGGUAGACGUGAAAAAGUUCAGUGAAAUCGACCUGUACGGUCUGCUGGGCGUCGAAAUAAGCGCUACUGAAGCGGAGAUUCGCAAAGCCUACCGCAAGAAAGCCUUACAAUGCCAUCCGGACAAGAAUCCCGACAACCCGAAAGCAGCGGAGUUGUUCCAGGAGCUGUCGAAAACGUUGGAGAUUUUGCUCGAUGGAUCCGCUCGGUCGGCGUACGACAAACUACUGAAUGCAAAGAAAGCCGCUCAGUUGAGGACCACGCAGUUGGACAGCAAAAGGCAGAAGCUGAAGAUGGAACUGGAAGAAAGGGAGCGGAGGGCGAGGGAAGCGGCCAGUGGCGGGUAUAAGGUAAACAAGACGCCGGAGGAGUUGUUCCGGGAAGAAUUUGAGCGGUUGCAGAAGGAAGGAUCGAAGCUGAUGGAAGAGGAACAGGAACUGAUGAGACAGCAGCUGCGGCAGGAGAAAGCAAUGCAGGGCAAGGCACAGUCGAGUUGGGAUGCCUCAAAACAUAGAAUUAAGAUCAAGUGGAAGGCGGAGAAGAAUGAUCCGGAGAACGGAGGGUACACCCAGGACGUUUUGAACAAGUUCUUGGCGAAGUAUGGGGACAUUAAUGUGUUGGUGAUGAGCCCGAAGAAGAACGGAAGCGCUCUGGUAGAAUACAAGACCCAAGAGGCUGCGGAGAUGGCGGUUAGCUAUGAACAGGGACGAUUGGACAAUCCGUGCAGCUUGGAGUGGAUCGGGGAUGCUCCGAAGAAUAAAAAUUCCCGAACGGGAGGUUCCAGUACGAUCACCGAGCGGGACUUCGAGAGUUUGGUGCUGAGGCAGUUGCGACAGGCGGAGGAACGGAAGCGGUUGAUAGAGCAGAUGAUGCGAGAGGAAGCAGAAGAGGAGCAGAAGGUGGGGAAGUGAUACCGAUGGCGGACUAUAUUUAAGGUAUGUUGUUAUUGUUGCUUUGUUCUAUACUUUCUUCCGUAUUUGGUUGACAGUUUUAAAGAAUAAUUUAUAACUUGCGCAAAUGCCUAAAAUGUGUGUGUGUAUAUAUUAGAACGUUUUAAGUUAACUCGACUGGCGGAUCGAUGAUGGCGACCGGAUUUGCUAUUUAUCUUUCGUUAAAAUUACACGAUUCCAAGAAAA